GAGAUGAAUGAAGCUGGAUGGGUCAAUUGGCAUCUAUUCAAACUGGUCGGAAAAGAAAGAGAGUAUUUGUAUAAACAUGAAGCUGGAGGGAGCAUGAGAAGAUAUGUGAAGGAAGAGGGUCGUCUGUCUGUUGCACGAUGCCGAUCCUUCUCACAAGCGAAGAGGACAAACGCUGCUGAGCAUCAAUCGCUUCGAUUGAGACUGCACAACCACUCUCCCUCUUACCUGCUCAAUUGAUCACCCACAAUUUCAAAAUGGCAUCUACAUUCGCCCUCCGUAGAUCCCUCUUCGCGGCAUCGCGCCCCACGAGAGCUUUCCACAGCUCCGCCAGAGCAUUCAUCAAAGUUGGAGACAAGCUUCCCAACCUCGACGUUUUGGUAGAGAACUCGCCCGGCAACAAGGUCAACUUGAGCGAGCUGGCCACCGGCAAAGCACUACUUAUCGGUGUCCCUGCUGCUUUCAGCCCAUCGUGCUCGAACUCUCAUAUUCCGGGCUACAUUAACUAUAAGGACCUCAAAUCCGCUGGUGAUGUCUUUGUUAUUGCUGUCAAUGAUCCAUUCGUGACCAAGGCCUGGGCCGACCAACUUGAUCCUACCGGUAGCUCUGGUAUUCGAUUCCUUGGUGACCCAACUGCCAAGUAUACCGAGGCACUAGAUCUUGCCUUCGAUGGCAGUGCUAUCUUUGGUGGCCCACGAAGCAAGCGUUAUGCUCUCGAGAUUGAGGACGGCAAGGUCAAGGCGUUGCAUGUUGAGCCUGAUAACACAGGUCUUGAUGUGUCUGCUGCCGAGAAAGUCCUUGGUUGAUUGUCUUUUGGCUGGUGAAGUGGAUUGGCGGUCAAGUGUAUGAUACGAGGAGAGGGAAAUACUCUACAGCCAUGAAUGCAUUCGAUGAUAAGCAUGAUGCUUGCCUUUGCCACUAGCAUUGACAUUUCACUCUCUGUGCCGUUGACUGCCUCGUCCGCUCUUCUCUGCCCCUUCUAUGCAAACGCUAGUCAUUAUCAUCCAUUUUCACACGAUAGAUAAACAAGAUGUCACCAUUCGCCCCCAAACAUGUUCGUGGAAAUAAAAGCCUCAAGAAAAAUCAACAUUGAAACGUCAAAGAUGUCCAUCG